AUCGAGCGGGCGGAGGGGGUGGGCGAAGUGCAUGCGGUGGUGGGGGAGAACUUCUUUGUCACCACCGAAUGCCACAGCCUCGCUUCCCCGGGCGUGGUGCUCAACGGCACGCAGCUCACCGUCGUCCAGUCUGGGGCGGGGUUUGACUUUGCCAUCCGCACGCCCGUCACGCCGCCGCGCUGGAAGCAGUUUGACGCCGAGCUCACUGCCGCGUGGCGGGAUCUUUGUGCCGCCGUGUUGGACCGUGCCCUGGAGACAGCUGAUGCCGCCCGCUAUCGCCAACGCAUUCAGGAAAAUAUUCUGCGAAUUGGAUACUAUUGGUACCAGUUGAUGCCGCUGACGCGCGGCAGUGCCAUGGUGGGGCUCAUCGCCGUGCUCGGCCUCUCCAUGGCCGCCGGCAUGCUCACCACCGCCCCCAUCCCGCAUGCCAUGCAGGUGGACUGGGAGGCCAUCCUCGUGCCGCACUUCGCAGCCUUCAACGUGUCGGUGGCGCCGUGGCUGUACGCGCCCGCCACCGUGCUCGCUGCGCCCUCCCACCUGCCGCUCGUGGCCCACGUGCUGCCCUCCACACGCCACGUCAUCGCUGCUCUCAACCAUCAAGGCUGA